AUGACGGACUUAUCGCUUUAUCUCACCAACGUUAAUAUAACUGUGGCCCAAGAUAUGGAGAUAGAAAAGAACUCAGCCCUGGGAAAGGAUUUUGAAUGCGUCGAGCUGGGAGAGUUAGAGAAAAAAGAUCAGAAAAAAGAGAAGACUCCACGCCGCGUCAUUCACUUCUCCAGCGGAGAGACCAUGGAAGAAUACAGCACAGAUGAAGAGGAGGAAGAAGAACCCCAAAAAGCAGAGAAAAGAGACCUUCUGGCCCCUGUCGACGCGUCCAAGCUGACGUGGGGCCCGUAUGUCUGGUUUCAAAUGUGGAGAGCUGCCACUUCCACUGUCUCAGCAUGUGACUACCUUGGUGAAAAGAUGGCAUCACUCUUUGGAAUCAAUUCUGCCAAAUACCAGUACGCCAUUGAUGAGUAUUACCGCAGUAAGAAACAGAAAGAGGAAGAGGAUGCGGAAAGUCGUCUCUCCGAGGAGGCGGAACGUUCCGGCGAAGUGCAGCGGUGCCAGGAACCUCAGCGACCGAAGACCGACCAACCAGAAGCCACUGCUCCUCAAGUAAUUUCCACUACACAGCAGGAGCAGAAUUCUCUUCCAACCCCCUUACCAAACACAUGCAGCAUCCCAGCUGAAAUAGGAAGCACCUAA